CAGACUCUCCACUCACCAUCCUUGCUGCCUGCCACCAGCACUCUCCUCCUUGUUGUUUUGUGAAGCGACUGGACUGGUGUCAUUUGGUGCGCGUCGCAUUGGAGGAGUAGGAGCAGGAGUGCUAGACAGCAGUGCCAGGCAGGCAAAAGCCACCUGUGUGUGCAAGAUUGGUUGCCGCUUUCUCCUUCCCUAGUGCGUUUAGGUUCCAGAAAGCUCUGGUGUGUGUUCAUUAGGGUUUGCGCCUGCGCAGUUUGGUUACGGUGGACUCUCUUUUCUUGCGGUGGAAUUUCGAGAAAUGCUCCGGGUUCCAAUCAGUGGCGGAAAUCUCUCUCGGGUUUAAGGAAAUGCAUGUUUGUUUCGCCGAAAAAGGCAGUAACUUGAUUGCUGUCCUUUCAGCAGAGACAAGGAGAAAUUGCCCUGAGAGGUAAAUAAAGAUGGAGAUGCCUGAUAUUGAAGCUGGCACGGUAGUCACCGAUUCUGAUAGUUCAAGAAGGCCACAAGACAAUACUGCGACAUCAAUCCCAAACAGUGGAAAUUUAGAAGGUUCAAGCCACAGGGCCACAAAGACCACCAGGUUCAAAGACGACGACGACGGAGUUGUUGAGAUUACCCUUGACAUACAACGCGAUUCAGUGUCAAUCCAAGAUGUCAGGCCAGUUGACGAUGCUGGCUCAGCACACAGCGGUGCGCUGGUGUCACCUUCCUCAUCAAGGGGCGGCAAGCUGUCAUCGAAACUGAGACAGGUGACCAACGGGCUUAAGCUGACGAAUCCGGGCAAGAAGGUGCCACCGACGCCUGCACCAAAGACCGUGAGGAAGAGAUAUGACCGAAGCAAGAGCAGUGCUGCAGUGGCACUCAAAGGCUUGCAGUUUGUGACUGCCAAAGUUGGCAAUGACGGCUGGACUGCAGUGGAGAAACGGUUCAAUCACCUACAGGUUGAUGGCAUGCUACUCCGUUCAAGAUUUGGGAAAUGCAUUGGGAUGGAAGGGUCAGACGAGUUUGCGAUGCAAAUGUUCGACUCGUUAGCGAGGAAGAGAGGAAUGGUGAAGCAAGUGCUGACUAAGGAGGAGCUGAAAGAUUUCUGGGAGCAACUGAGCGAUCAGGGUUUCGACAACCGACUCCAAACGUUCUUUGACAUGGUUGACAAAAAUGCUGAUGGAAGAAUCACCUCAGAGGAGGUUAAGGAGAUUAUUGCGCUUAGUGCAUCAGCAAAUAAACUUUCCAAGAUCAAAGAGCGAGCUGAUGAGUACACAGCACUUAUUAUGGAAGAGCUUGACCCAAACAACUUGGGCUACAUAGAGCUCGAGGACUUGGAGGCACUCUUACUGCAGUCACCAUCUGAAGCUGUUGCAAGAUCAACGACCACCCACAGCUCGAAACUUAGCAAAGCUCUUAGCAUGAAGCUCGCACCUAGCAAUGACACGAGUCCACUUCGCCGCCACUGGCAGGAGUUUUUGUACUUUGUUGAGGAAAACUGGAAGCGCAUAUGGGUCAUGACUCUCUGGAUUUCAAUCUGCAUCGCCCUUUUCAUUUGGAAGUUCAUCCAGUAUCGUAACAGGGCUGUAUUUCACAUCAUGGGCUACUGUGUGGCCACUGCAAAGGGUGCCGCAGAGACCCUGAAAUUCAAUAUGGCCCUGGUCCUUCUUCCUGUCUGCCGUAAUACAAUCACAUGGAUUCGAUCAAAGACAAAGAUUGGAGCUGUUGUACCCUUCAAUGACAACAUAAACUUCCAUAAGGUAAUAGCAGCGGGUGUUGCAGUUGGUGUUGCUCUGCAUGCAGGUGCUCAUCUGACAUGUGAUUUUCCUCUCUUGCUCCAUGCAAGUGAUGCAAAAUAUGAACCAAUGAAGCCUUUCUUUGGGGACAAAAGGCCACCAAACUACUGGUGGUUUGUAAAAGGAACUGCAGGGUGGACAGGUAUUGUCAUGGUAGUGCUCAUGUCAAUAGCUUUUGUAUUAGCCCAGCCAUGGUUCCGACGUAACAAGCUCAAGGACACUAAUCCACUCAAGAAGAUGACUGGUUUCAAUGCCUUUUGGUUUACGCACCACCUAUUUGCUAUUGUGUAUGCACUGCUCAUCGUCCAUGGAACAAGUUUGUAUCUGACGAAGGAGUGGUACAAGAAAUCGACAUGGAUGUACAUCGCUUAUCCUGUCUUCUUAUAUUCAUGCGAGCGCAUUGUUCGGUUAUUUAGGAGCCAUGAUGCAGUUAAGAUUCAGAAGGUUGCGGUAUAUCCUGGGCAUGUGUUGGCUCUUUAUAUGUCCAAGCCAACUGGUUUUAGAUACCGGAGUGGGCAGUACAUCUUCAUAAAUUGCAGAGCUGUAUCUCCAUAUGAAUGGCAUCCGUUUUCGAUUACAUCGGCACCAGGAGAUAAUUACCUCAGUGUCCACAUCCGCACAAGGGGUGAUUGGACUUCUCGGCUUAGGACAGUCUUCUCUGAGGCGUGUCGGCCUCCAGCUGAAGGAGAAAGUGGACUCCUUAGAGCUGACCUCUCCAGGGGAAUCACUGACAGCAACGCAAGAUUCCCUAAACUUUUGAUUGAUGGACCAUAUGGUGCUCCAGCACAAGAUUACCGGGAAUACGAUGUGCUACUCCUCAUUGGGCUUGGCAUUGGAGCCACCCCUUUGAUCAGCAUUGUGAAGGAUGUGCUUAACCACAUCCAGCCUGGGGGAUCGGUUGGUGGAGCAGAGCCGGGGGGCACUGGUAAGGCAAAGAAGAGACAAUUUAUGACGAAGAGGGCCUACUUCUACUGGGUCACAAGGGAGGAGGGCUCCUUUGAAUGGUUCAGAGGGGUGAUGAACGAGGUGGCUGAGAAGGACAAGGAUCAAGUGAUCGAGCUCCACAACCAUUGCUCGAGUGUGUAUCAAGAGGGCGAUGCCCGUUCUGCGCUCAUUGUCAUGCUCCAAGAACUCCAGCAUGCAAAGAAGGGAGUUGACAUCUUGUCCGGAACCAGCGUCAAGACUCACUUUGCCAGGCCUAAUUGGCGAAGCGUCUUCAAGCGUGUCGCAGUCAACCAUGAGAAUCAGCGCGUCGGGGUUUUCUAUUGUGGUGAGCCUGUUCUUGUGCCGCAGCUGCGGCAGUUGUCGGCAGAUUUCACCCACAAGACAAACACAAAGUUUGAGUUUCACAAGGAGAACUUCUAGUGGUGUAACUUGUAUAAGAACAUGUCUAUGCCAUGCUUCAUCAGGUGAAUUAUAUGGGUUGUAUUAUUAUUAUUUUGUAAAGGUAGGGAAAUAAAAUGGGAGUGGUUUUGCCUA